AUGACAGUCUGCUUUUUAAAUGCAUUCACUCCGGAAACCACUUUUGAUCCAUUGCUUGCGACACGUAUGAAGCGGCUGAGAGACUCUAGGUUGGAACGACUGCUGCACAACAUUCUCGACAGGUCUUCUCUGUUGCAUCCGUUGCUCAAGACAGUUUCUGAAUCGGCCCAAGUUAGACGACUCCAUGAGCUUUUCCACAUCUAUCAAAUCGCCGCUGACCUUUGCAUUGGAAUGUGGUCUAAUGAGAUGGAUUUCGAAUUUGGCUCGUUCGAUUCUCUGGGGCCAUUCCACGAGGAUAUUCCACACAUGGAAAGGCACGCUUUUGCUGAACCGGAACCGGAGGAAAAGUCUGAUCCGGCUGAUAAAGAUCGAACUGUUCUGUUCAUGAUGCAGCCCACUGUCACUCGAUACUGUCGGUUUGAUGGGCAUGAAGACCAGUCAUUGAUUCAUCGGGCUCUUGUUGUUUAUUCCAAAGAUGCUGCAUAG